AUGGCAUCUCAAGUACUCACCAAAGAUGAAAAGUCGCUUCAUGAUCAAGUCAAUCUCCUACCACGACGUCAACUAGGCAUCGCCCUCGCCACUCUAUCAGCUUCACUACUUCUCGUCAUCAUCGACCAAAAUGGCAUUUCUGUGAUGCUUCCCACAAUCGCCCACGACUUGAAUGCUGAAAAUACAAUCUCUUGGGCUGGAACAGCCAGUCUGGUUGCCAAUACUUGUUUCCAGAUGCUCUACGGCAGACUCUCCGAUGUCUUUGGUCGCAAAGUCGUCUUUAUAUCUGCCAUCCUACUUCUUUGUUUUGCAGACUUGCUUUGUUCCUUUAGUCAAAAUGCAAUAAUGUUAUAUGUCUGCAGAGCUAUCGCCGGUAUUGGUGGAGGUGGUGUACAAAACCUUGUCAACAUUAUCAUAUCGGAUAUCGUCACUCUUGAACAAAGAGGACAGGUUCAAGGCGUGAUAGGAGCUGCCGUUGGGCUGGGCAAUGUCGUUGGUCCAUUUAUCGCUGCGGGAGUCAUGGGUCGGACAUCAUGGAGAGCCUUCUUUUGGCUUAUUUCGCCUUUGUCAUUCUGCACAGCGGUGCUUUCAUACUACUUUCUUCCAUCCAAGGCCGCUACCGUUGGGUUUUGGGAAGGUAUUAGGAAGAUUGAUUGGAUGGGUACAAUUGUCUCCGGCACUGGAAUUGUUCUUCUCCUCAUCCCAAUUUCCGGAGGAGGAUCAUAUUUCUCUUGGGACUCACCUCUCUCCAUCAGUAUGCUCAGUGUCGGCAGCGCACUACUCCUCGUAUUUAUCAUGUGGGAAUGGAAAAUGGCAAAGCUUCCCAUGAUGCCAGGGCAGUAUAUCAGCCGUCGCUUGAGAUAUGGAGAGGUGAUUAUUGCUGGUUUCACACUCUGGACACUGGGAGCGGGUCUGGCUUUAAUCUUUAAUCGACAUACCAGCCCGGCUGUCAUCGCCGUGAUUCUAGCCAUAGUUGGAACAGGAGUAGGCGCUAUCUUCCAACCAACCCUCAUCGCCCUCCAAGCCCAUUCACCCAAAAGUCGUCGGGCUGUCAUUAUCUCGAAUCGAAAUUUCUAUCGAUGUAUGGGCGGCGCUUGCGGUCUUGCCAUCUCGGCUGCAGUCCUCCAAGCUCAGUUAAGCGCGACCUUGCCUGCUGACCGCAAAGAUCUCGCUGGCUCAACGUAUGUCCUACCAGAAGGCAUGCGUAAGGAGCCUGGUGUUCUCGACGCCUACAUGGCAGCCAGUCAUAGUGUGUUUAUACUGCAAGUCCCUCUGAUUGGCGCAUGCUUGUUUGGUACAAUCUUUAUCCGAGAUCGUGGUUUGGAUCCUGUUAAAGAGACUUAG